AAAUUAAUGAAUAAUAUAAUUUGACUUGUAAGCAUUCUUUAUAGCAAAAUGAGCAGGUAUCCGGGCUUAUAUUUUGAUAUUGGAAAGAAGGCCAGAGAUGUUCUUCACAAGGAUUAUGCUCAACAACCACCAAUUCACUUUAACUACAGAUUCUUGGACUGGAAUUUAGAUCUCUCUUGUCAAGUAGAAGAAAUUGUGCCAGGAGUAAGGGGCCUUUUCAAUUGUACCAUACCUGACUCUGGGAAGGUUGAACUUCAACACCUGAACAAAUACAGUGGGUUUAGUGGAAGCGUUGGAUUAUUAGGAGACCCAGAAAAAGGAUAUAACCCUGUUGCAAACAUUUCUGGUCUUAUAGGAACAAGAAUUCUGACCUUGGGAGCUAAUCUUGCCUAUGACCUAUCAACAAGAGCAAUUAGCAAUCUGAAUGCUGGUUUGAGCUUGAGCAGUCCCUACCUUGUUGCUUCCUUGACCUUGCAUGACAAUUUUGAAAAUGUGAAAGCUUCUUGUUAUUUUGAAGUGAACCCCCUAACCAAGACUGCAAUUGCAGCAGAGGUGAAGUAUGACCUUCUAGACAAUGAGACUACGGGCGUCACCGUUGGUGCUCAGCAUGCACUGUUUCCUUGUACUUUGCUAAAGGCUCGACUUAACUCCUAUGGUAAGGUGAGUGCUCUUAUUCGACAAAAGCUGGGGAACAAAUUUGCGAUAACUGUGGCAGGAGAGUUGAAUUUGAAUGAGAAAGAUAAAGAAAAGUUUCCUAAGGUUGGAGUCUCCAUGGCUCUAAGAUAAUUUCAGUGAGAAAAGCUCUUCAUAUAGAACAGGCAAUGAUAUGUCAAGGAGACUACCAAAAGAUGUGCAAGGAAAUUUUGUUAUGCCUCAUCCAUUUUCUUCAACAUUUGAGAAGAGUAUGAUAUCCUUGUUUGGUGCUUUUGUUGACUAAUGUUUCUUUGAGGAUUGAAAAGAAC